AUGUUAAACAGACGCAGACAUCGCAGACGAGCCGGCGCGGCGCGGCCAGGAGAGUGCGAUGUACAAGAGGAAGAGGGAUCACGAGACAAAGCACGCGCGAGGAAAAGGGAUCACGGAAUAAAGCGCGCGAGGAAAAGAGAUCACGAAAUAAAGCGCGCGAAGAAAAGGGAUCACGCAUUCGACCGUCAGAGGUCGCAUAUUAAUGUGGAAUGUUUAUGGUUCUACCGCUUUAUUUUAUUCCCAUCAAAUAUUGUUACAAUAAAACAACACUAA